ACUUAUCAUCAUAAAAAUUGAUAAUUGUUUGCUCAAUUACCAAAGUCCGAUUUACUUGCCCUCUAACCUUCGUGGAGGCUUGUAUUAGCCCGCCAUUUUAUUUUCGUUCUCCCUCUCAGCACAUUUCCUUAUGAUCGGAGAAGAACCGAUCAAAUCGCGUCGUCUGUAUAUUAAUCAACGAUAAUUUUUAUUUUGUAGGCGCCAACGAACACUACCCCAUCGAUUACUUGUUUCGGCGUAUGGUGUUUAACACAGGGAACCUUUAUCAAGAUGUGUUGAAGCAACCAAUUGGAAUAUUUCAACCAGAGACUUUAAAUCUAUGCAUCCGUCUUUGGGAAUCUGUCUGAAAUUUUAAGCUGACAUCAUGAUUGGGGAGAGGAGAAAGAACUCAUUUUGUACUAGCCUUGUUUUAAUUUUAUGUUUAACCUGGGCUGCCGAGUCUCAAGCUGAAUUAUACCCUUAUGGCACCGGCAAUGCUGAUACUGCACUCAGCAAACAGAAUGACUUUGCACUACGCGUGACAUUGGACAGAGCCUUUCCUUUCGGUGGGAAAUACUACAGCACAUUAUAUAUAGGUGACAAUGGAAUUAUUUCUUUCGAUGAAGAAGUUUCCGAAGAGUCGGAUGAAGCCAGAAACAGAAAUUUGCCGUAUUACUACGACGUUGACGGCGACGGGCGAAUUGAGGACCCGGAUACAAUCUUUGCAUUUUGGGCCGAUGUAGAUAUUACAGGUGACGGAGGUAACGUAUAUUACCGCGUAACAACCAGCACUACAACACUCAACCAAGCGACUACAGACGUCCAAACUUACUUCCGGAGCAAUGUCGACUUUAGCGCUCAAGUCGUCAUUGUGGUCACGUGGGACGAUGUCUCGUUCUUCGAUCAAACAGGUGCCUCGGAUCCACGAAAUACAUUUCAGGCGGUCCUUAUUCACGACGGGCAGGAAUCUUUCGUCCUGCUUAACUAUGGAUCUAUCACUUGGGUCGUUGGGACAAGGAUGGAUGGAGAUCCCAAUACUGGUCUCUACACUGAUACACAAAUUGGCAUUGCAAUCGUUGGUUUUCUAAUGGGUGACGGUACGAUUGUAAAAAACUUCGCCUACGAACAAGAUACACUGCGGUCAUUGAGCGCAGACAGCAACGUCGAAGUUGAAGGAGUGUAUGCCUACAAGGUUGACGGUAAUUCGGUUAUUGAUCCGGUCUGCAAUGCUGCACCUGGAGCAGAGUUGUCCAUCACACCAGCCCGGUGUGGAAUGAUGGGAGGCGAGAAAAUCUACCUCUACGGACCAUGCUGGGCGGUGGAGAAAGUUCAGACCUGUGUCUUCUCUUAUGGCGGAGAGAUCAUUCAGCAAGUCAACGCUACAGUCAUCAACACCAAUGAAGCCUACUGUGUCCCAGAUCCUUUCUUUCUCGUUGGUGAAGUCACCGUCACGGUGUUAGAGGCAGGCGAUGAGCUCGCAAACUCGCCCUCAACAAUCUACUCCGUCAUUGAAAGUGGGAGAGUCACUCCAACUGUCACUAGGCAAAACUCUGGUACUUCCUCGUGGGACAAAGCCGGAAACUCCCUACAAAUCACUUGGGACGUAGAUCAAGAAAGCUUUGGCCCCUCCGACAGCGCUCUCUCGAUAACUGUUCUAGCAUACCGCGAGGACAACCCUGGGCCUCGGUGGGUAAACGUAUACAUGAUAACAAACGCCACUGCAGAUGAUGGCUCGUUUACGUUCAUUCCGACGGCACAGGUGGACGUGACAGAGGCGAAUGCAUUCGGUGUCAUUCGAAUUACCGGAAUGGAUAACGGUCGUCAACGUGUUCUCUGGAGUGACAUACACCCUCUUGGCUACCUUUUGGAACAGUCUUACCAGGACGAUUCUGUCCAGUGGGCCACGGAGAAAUGCAAUGAGUGGAUUACAGCAGACAUCGCCAAGGGCGCCUUUCUUAGUAACCUACCGGCUUGCCCGUGCACCCUUGACCAGGCUGAGCAGGACGUCGGGAACUUCAUCACUGAUCCAUCAUGCUACCCAGAAGGCGGAGUAGACACUUGCGCCGAGAACGAAGGAGCCAUACACUGCCUCCUCAGCGCUUAUGCAAGCCCUAACACUAUGUCUGGAACCAAAUGCUGCUACGAUGCCAACCGUCUCCUGAUGAACACCGGGGAUACCAGGUAUGCCGGUAUGGCCGGUCGGUCCCAUAUUCGCGGUUCCAGUCCCUACAUGGCGAGGAACCUAAUCCCAGAACUGUCCCAUUGGUCUAAUGACGUCAUCGCCAAACACUUUUGUUGUGAUUGGGCCGAGGACAAGGAAUGCUUUGACUACAUCACAUUGAGACCUACCACCGAUUGCGCCGCUUACGAACCCCCGAACAAUGCAUUAUCGUUUGGAGAUCCCCACUUCAUCACGAUGGAUAGGUACAACUAUACAUUCAAUGGUUUAGGCGAGUUCACCCUUCUCCGUUACGCUACAAGUGGGACUGAGACCGGUGCUUCUGACUUUGAGCUUCAAGCAAGGCAGAUAAAGACUAUGGAUAGUAAUGGUCAACAGGUGGACGUUACACAGCUGUCGUCGGUAGCAAUGAAGGACAGCGGCUCGGACAGUAUCUUCGUUGAGGCGAGCGCAACCAGCGGAAUGGACGUCUACAGGAGGAGCAUGGAUGAAAACGACGAAUGGCAAUCGGUGUACUUCUCACAGCAGACCUUCACCGAUUUACAAGGAUGUGCCGUGGGUGUCACGAGCUUUGAGAACGAAGUCGAAAUCCACGGUGUGGUCGUCAUGUUUAAAGAAACCAGCAUUGGUGUUCACGUAACCUAUGGCUAUGGAAUGCUUGCUGUACGACCGAUCCUUCCGUCAACGUUAAAUAGCGAUCAUCUGUCUGGGUUGCUAGGCAACAUGGAUGGUGACCCUAGCAACGACCUGAUGAGUAGAAACAAUAACAACCCUCUUGAUGACCCGACCGAUGAAGAGAUAUUCCAGUUCGGUCAAACAUGGGAGAUCGAAACUGAAUACAGCCUUUUCCGUUAUGUGUCUGGCCGCACCCACGUCGAUUACCACAACUCGACCUUCGUACCCCUUAUGAACGUCAACCUCCCGACACUUUACCCAGCCUGUAACGAGGUCAGCCAGUGUCUGUUCGACUACGAGGUGUCUAACGAUGACACAGACCUUGCCAUGGCUACGCUGGGUGCCUUCGAAGCCUUCGAGAGCAGCUCUGAAAAUAUUAGGAAAAUCGACGCAUGUCCAAAUCAAAUUACACCCUAUAAUGGUACGAAGACGUACUCUUCAGAUGCGAAUAGAUACUUCGAGGACGCCGAGGUCUCAUUCACCUGUGACGAGGGUUUGAUUAUGGUCGGGUCAUCCUACAAGCGAUGUGCGUACAGCGCAGAGGAGGGAAGCUUGAUGUGGACCGGAUCAACAGGCGAUAACGCAUGCAUUGAAUCUUCAUGCGGCUUCCUGGACACACCAUCCAAUGGCUCGAUCUCUCUCAGCGAAGAUGGCCUAACAGCGACAUUUGAAUGCCAGGAAGGGUUUACCAUGAGCGGCGGAAGUGAAUCGUUAUGCCAAAACGCGGUAUGGAGCAACGGCGCCCCGACUUGCACCGACAACGAUCUCAUCUCCGGCGACAAUAACGCCGUCGUCAUCGCCCUCAGUGUGGUCUUUUCCAUUAUCUUUAUCGUACUCCUCGUCGUCGGCAUCUUCGUGUUCAUGCGAUAUUGGCAAUCGGGCACGUUCAAUACCGACAAACAAGAGCCUAAGAUUUCCACCAAGGGAGCGGAGGUCAACUGGGGAAUGGAGGAUGACACCGGCAAUCUCGAGCAUGUCUAUACUGCAGACGUGCCAUCGAAAACACCCCAGCCAUCGAGCGAAACACCCUAUUUAUAGUUUUUAUUAUGAAGACCCCCCUUUUCCAACGAAGAUACACGUACUCUCCUUUUGAGCAACUGGGUGCACUUAACUUGCUAAGGACACUGUAAUAGAUAUUCAAAUGUUUUUAUAGUCAAAUUAUUUCUCUGUGAAAGAAAUGUCCGAUGACCGUUGCACACGAGGCAUCAUUUUCCUGACGUAGGAGUGCGUCAAAGACUGACGCAAUCUUGCGCUAUUUGAGAGUGUCAAAAUUCAAGAUUUAUUUUUAAAAAAGAAACUUUUCACACACUUCGUUGAAUCACGAGCGUAAGGGUUGAUUUUUUUUUCUUGCGGAGGUAUGUCGCCUCGCGUGCAACGAUUAUAAAUAAUACAUACCGGAUAAGUGACGUCUAGGCAGCAAAUGUAUUCACCGAAGCUCUCAUCCUGUUUUUGUUUUGAACAGUGCGCACUCGUAAUUAUCAAAUCAUAACAAGAACAAGAACUAAUGCAAAACUAGUCGAAAAUCGUGAAGAAAUAAUUCUGAUUGAAGUAAUGUCACAACUUGGGGAAGUUUGUAACUUUGAAUCUUGAAAAUGCAUUCUGGAACUUGCGUUAUCGUGAGUUCGUUCGGCUUUGUACAGACGAUUGGCAUUAACAAUGGUGUAAAAAUGAGUGCCCACGAUGACUAUGUAGUCACUCUCGAAAUGAGUGUCUGGCUCGCAAAAGCCCAAGGGAAGAAAUCUAAAUUUAAAAAAUGGUAUUCAAUUUCACUCGAAGAUUAUCUACCAAAGUUCAUCAGGUACUCGGGUAUGAUUCGGAAAAUAUUACGAACACUUUCAGUGUAUUUUCAAAGAAAAAAACAGAACGUUUUGUAUAUUUAAUAAAUGAAAUCGUUUAUAAUUCAGGUUUGCCACGUAUGACUUAUAAAAUGCAAUGUUUGUUAUAGUUAUUUUGAUAUGUAUCAUUAAUUUUAUAAGUUCGAUUGUUUUGUUAAUGCAUCAGUAUUGCCUUGAUUAUCAGAAGAAAACAAAAUAUCAAUAGAUAGGAGACGUUAAAAAGGAGUUAUACAUAUUUACAUAAACAUUCCAGUUUUACCAAAGAUUUUUCCAAAUAGGUUUAGGCCAUUAGUGUUGUGCCUUAGAACGUGCUAUAUAUUCUAACCUUCUUUCAUGUAUCAGUAAUGGCCAGUUUCUUCUUUCACUUUUCUUCAGUAUCAGUAGUCCUAUUACCUGAAAAUAAGACGCUUUUGUAGAAGUGCUUUUCAUCAUUUCUCAAGGAUGUCUUUUUAAUCGCAGGUUUUGAGGAAAGUAGUUGUUAUUGCUUGUCAUUAAUUUAAAGAAGUAGUCCAUUGCAAUAUCUCUCUUCAGCCAUGAAUGGAAUAGGGAAGAUUAGUUUGCAUUUAAGAAAAAUCUUAAAAGUGUAACCGUAAUGGUCAUAGUAUAUUCUGCAUGUUCUGUUCACUCCAAGGGUAUCUUGAUUAUGUGGCUCAAGAAACGUUAGAUAUGAUACGUCAGUCAUACCACUACGUCUAUAGACCGACUCCAAAACCGACCAAAUUUUGGCCAUUCGAGAUAAGAUGUAACUUUUGGUCGGUCUGUUGUUGGUGUGGAUUAAAUUAUCAAUGUAUCUAGAGAGAUUUGACAUUUAGUAUGUAUAUUUGCAGUCACUUUUCACAUGUGAUGAUUUCACCUGAUUUUUUGCAACUAUUUGAAGAAAUAGAUGAUAGGCAAGCUGCAUUCUAUUUCCUUUCCAAGCUCAUAUUUUCUUAUAUAAUAUAUACUGAAACAUAAUAUACUUGUAUAUACUUACAUUUUCCUACAUUCGUAUUUCAGCUAAUUAAUUAAUCAGAUUUAAGUAUUGCAAAAUUACAGCCUUUGUACAUGUAAGUAGGUAGCUCCCAAGGGUAUGAGUCUACUGCUAUAGUGUAGAAUUAAAACAUUUGAAGCAGUUACGCUAUGAUUUGUUUUGAAAAAGAGAUAUAUUUCUUUAAAUAUUAUCUGUAGAUAGAUUAGCAAAAGAGUAUACAAAAUAAUCACACCGUAUCACGACCCUUGCCAUGAAUAAUGUCAAUCACAUGUUAUACUGAUUUGGAAAAGCACUAAUAAAUUUGAUGGAUUUUUCUAUUGAAAACAAGAAAUAC